AUGGCUGCGGUGCUGAAGGAACAGGAUGACUUGUUGGUGCCGACACUGGCUGUGCCCACCACGCCGCUGGUGAAGGUGAUUGGACUGCAUGUGGGUGAGAACGAGAAGCACAAGGUGUUCUGGGAGACACUUCAGAAACGAGUGGAGCAAGGAGAGACGGUCGUGCGCUAUGAGCGCUGCACCCCCGACACAAUCAACUUCCCGCCGCGCAAAGACAAGCCUCAGCGCCAGUUGGGGAUUACGGAGGAGGAUUACAUUCCGCCAGGGAUCAUGAAACUGAACUGGCCAACAAAGCAUGCACUGAAGAUCCCUGCUGUUCUCGUGGUGUUUAUCCAACUGGAAUGGGAGGCCGAGGACUGGGAGGACAAGGAACAGGAGUGUGCUCAACUUUUCGAGUCACUCAGGAGCGCGCGCAACAACCGCUCGACCCGGUUCGUCGCCAUCCUGGAGCAGUCCAAGCCGCAGACGUCUGUCCCUGAGGAGACCAUCACACGUCGCGCCCACACGUUCCGCACGGCGUGCGACCUGCGCCACCGCUCGUCCCUCUUCACCCUCGAUAUGCCCCAGGGCCAGAUCCCAACCGCCGUCGAAAAGUUGGAUGCCAUCUUCUUUGAUCUUGCGCAACAGCACUACUCUGACGAGAUCAAACGCGUUGAGGCGCACAUGGACAUCGCAAACCAAGCAACGGAGCACAUGCUGUUUGUGCGCUACCUGUUCAAGGUCGGGUUCUUCAGCGAGCUCAAGGGCGCCCAUCGCGACGCCAUCAGCCGGUACCACCGAGCGCUUGAGUUUCUGGCCAAAGUUGGAUUCACAUCUGCACGCGCGCGCGAGAUCAAGACGGUUGCGGGCGUGCUCGUGGCCCGGAUGUGUCGGUGUCUGUUCCAGACGUCGGCGCCGUUGGAAGCCAUUGCGCAAUUCAGUGCACAUGUGCGCGCCAACCGGUUGCGUCUCGCGCCAGGGGAGCACCCGGCCGUUCACGCCGCAUGGAUUGCGCAACAAUACGCGACGUUCGCAUCGCUCUUCAAGGACGCCGUUGACGGCGGGCUCGGCGCCAUCAUGCUGCAGCACCCUGGUUUAUACUUCAAGUUUGCUGCCGAGUUUGCUGUUCGACGAAUGACUGAAGCGAAAAAGACGCAAUCGCACACGCCCGCGCCGGGGCCAGUCGCAGCGGAGACACAUACGUACAUUGGACAGGUCGUGUACACCUGUGAGGCGGCAUCAAAUGCACAGCAGCUUCAGCUCAUCAAGUGGCACGAGCAGCAGUACCCGCACGCGUCGGUUGUGCUGCAGCUCCUCAAUGCCGCCCGCACCAUAUUCGAAACAUAUUGCGUCACGAAGCAGCCCGCCGUCGUCAACGGCCAGAUUGUCGCGCGGGAGAAGAAGUUGACGCGGAUGCUGACCAUCCUUGACCUCCAACGCGCCAAGUUUCUCGUUCUGCAGCGCAACUUUGCCGAUGCAACAACGCUGGCGCGUGCUGCUGCGCGUGCGUUUCGCGCCGGCCGCUGGUGGUCUCUUCUCCGCGAUGCGCUCCUCCUCCACAAGCAGUGCGCGUGGGCACUGGGCGCAACGGGUGCGUUCUGCACCACGUGCAUUGAGCUCUGCGCACCGCAGAUUCCGCUCUCCGCCGAGGACAAAACGCUCGCGCAGUCCGGCAUUGACGACGUUGUGCAGGGAACACACAUGGACGACUCGCUGUCCGAGGAUUUCCCGGUUGCAUUCGGCUCUGCCGCAAGCGACGCCACCACAAGCAGUCAAGAUGGCGGCGGUGGCGACAGAGACCAGACCGAUGGCGGUCCGCAGAUUGACAUGGCGAGCAUCACACCGGCGGUCGAAUGCAAGGUGCUGCUGUAUGAGCCCGAUCCCGAGACAGACAACCGCGUGCGUGUGUGCAUUGCGUUCCGCUCGUCACUGCCGCUGCCGCUGCGCAUCACCAAUAUUGCCCCCGCCCUCCACAUCGCGGUGGACGGUGAUGGCGCUGACGACGAUGGCAGCACGAAGCCGGGCACCAGCGACGCGCCCGACCUCAGCAUCUCGUUGUCCUCCACAACGGCACUCAUUCCAAACUCCACGAAAGUGGUUGAGCUGUGGUUGGCAACGCCGCCUCGCCUGCCCUCGACCGCAGCCGUUGUGUGCACACACGUCCGCGCCGCCAUCGUGGGCACCCACCCCAUCGCCCUGUGCUGGUCGACUCCUGAUGCUUCCAUGACGACGACGACGACGACGACGACAAUGCCCCCGCCAGCACAACUCACGACAACGCCAUGGUCUGCACUUCCUUCCAUCCCGAAGACCGCAUUUGUGCCGCAGCGCACAGGCGUCCGCAUCACGCACGCGCACACGCCACCCGCGUUCGUUGGGGAGCGCUAUCGCAUUGCCGUGACGGUGGCCAACACCAAGUCCUCUCCGACCACAGACGCAACGUUUCGCGUGGAGGCCGGCGGCGCUGACGGAUCGCCCACAACCGUCGAUUUGUUACAAGUUGCUGUUGACGGCAAGACCCACACAAGCAGCAGCGAUCGCUUGAGUGCACCGUUGCCCGAUAUUCAGGCAAAUGCGUCUCAGACCGUGAUGGUCGAUGUUCUCGUCAACGCUGUCGGUCAUCUCGCCAUCACCACCCGACUCGAGUACACCUUCAUGGGCGUCGAAUGCGUCGCGCAACAUUCCCUGAGCCUGCCCAUCGUUACGCCGCUUCACACCACAUUCCAACUCCUCGACACCCAGGGCGAGUCGCUCGACCACGAGAUGUCGCUUCCUGCCGGACAGGACAUGUGCGUUGGCGUUCAGAUUGAGACGACACAACCGGAGCGGCUGGUGUUGGUGGACGCGUGGCUGCAGUUGCCGUGGGCAGCAGCGGUGGCCAAACCACUUCGCCUCUCCGCAUGCCAUGAGGAAAUUGGUGCUGGGGAGCGUGUGAGCGAUCUUGUGCGCAUCACGCUGCCGCCACUGGUCCCCGGCGCUGACCCGACAACAACCGCCCUCGGCACAUUCCACAUCAAAUGGAGACGGGCAACGAGUACUUGUGAUGACGGCGAUGGAAGCAGCUGUGUCGAGACAACGAGCACGCUGCCGAUGGUUGACAUUCACCCGUCCACGCUUGAUUGCCGCCUCCACUCCCCAACGUAG